GCGCGACGGUAUACUUUCUUUUCACGGUUAACUGUACGUGGAAAGUUUGUACCUAAAGUGAUGAAUGCCAAAAGAUUCUCGCUACAGAGACGACCAUGUGAAAGAAUUUAAAUCUAGAGUACAACGUGAAGGAAUGGCGUUGCCGUCGGCCACCGUGCUGUGGACGGCCAGCAUCACCUUCCGGCUUGCACAGAACAUGGUGGUGUUGUUCUUCCUGGCGGCGCUACUGGCGGCCCCGGCGCGUUCGUCGUCGCCGUCGUCCAACAACGGCGCCGGUCUUCAGCAGCCCACCCUGACCCUCUGCUCCGGUCACUCCACUGUCGCCAAGAGCGGCGAGUUCGCCAGCUUCCUCGCAGCCGUGUGCGCCGGAGCCUACGGCGGCGGCGUCGCCCACAUGUCCCACAGCAUGUCCUCGUACGUCGCCGCCGAGAACCGGACCAUGUACGGGGUCGCGCAGUGCCGCCCCGACGUGUCGGCCUCCGACUGUACUGCCUGCCUCGCUGCAGCCUCGUCCAAGCUCAUCACCGGGACCGCGUGCGCGACGUCGGCGGUCUGGCACGACGCCUGCUUCCUCCGGUACUCGGACCGCGACACCGGCCGGUUCCGCGAGGACGAACACACGGAGACCGUGUUCAACGCGAGCCGCGCGCUGUCGUCGUUGCCGCCCCACGUUGGCGCCAACAAAGCGGUGGUGGUGAGGCGCCUACUUGCCGCCGUCGCGGACAGCACGAGGAGCGGCCACAUGUGCAGCGACAUCGGUGUCGGCACUGGUGCGGCAGGCGGCGGCCGGAUCUACGGACUCACGCGGUGCGCCGCCGAGAUCUCGUGCGCAGACUGCCGCCGCUGCCUCGGCGGCGCUCUCGCGGUGGUAGAGCGCGAGUACAACGGCAGCGCGGGGAUGCAGGUCCUGCGGCUCAGCUGCAUGGCCAGGUACGAGAGCUACCCCUUCUACAACACCAAGUUCUUGACCCGGCGAUUGCUGGCGUCGGCGACGAGCGGGAGCCCCCGGCCGACUCAUGGAGGAAUCGUCUUUAACUCUUCUAUAUCUUUUGGGCCUUUUGGGCUCGUGCACUCUGGCGGUCCUAACCCACCGCCUUCACCGCCAGUAUCACCUCCACCACCAGCAUUCACGACCAUCUCCGUGCCUGCUAGUGUGGGCACUGCACAACCCACCCCACCGCCUUCACGGCCUGCACAAGCACAGCCAUCACCACCUCCACCAGCAGCAUCCAUGAUCGUCUCCGGGCCUGCGACUGCGACUCCGAGGGCUGCACAAGCACAACCCACCCCAGCGCCCCCAGGCGGUCAUAACCCACCGCCUGCAUCACCUCCACCAGCAUCCAUCAUGAACAUCUCCGGGCCUGCGACUGCGACUCCGACUCCGAGGGCUGCACAACCCACCCCAGCGCCUCCUGGCGGUCCUACCCCACAGCCUGUAGCUGCCGCAACGAAUGAAAACAAAGGGAAGGGAACAUUGAAUACACCAAAAUGGCAGAUCGUCUCUAUUGCAACUGGGUUGGUGGCUGCUUUCAUCAUCCUCGCACUCACCGUAUGGUGCCGUCGGAAACAGCAACUGUCUCAGAGAGAACAUGUCAUAGAACCCCAUGUUUUGAAUCAUCAAGCAGAUGGAGUGCCAGGUGAGACUAUGCAUCACCUAGAAAAGAAACAUUUGGGCUCCGAAGAAGACGACGACGGAGGAAGAACAAGCUGCCAACUCUACAGCUACCUGGUUCUUGAGGCUGCUACAUGUCGCUUCUCAAGUAGAAACAAGCUAGGGAGCGGUGGAUUUGGAACGGUAUACAAGGGCACGCUUGAGAAUGGGAAGGACGUAGCAGUGAAAAGGCUCAGGGACUCCAAGAGGGCGAUACAAGAACUAGAGAGGGAGAUCUCCAUCGUGGCUAGCUUGCGCCAUAAGAACAUCGUGAGGUUUUUAGGGUACUGCUUCCAAGAGGAAGGGAGGUUCUUCAUCUACGAGUAUGUGCUUAACAACAGCCUUGAUAAAUUUUGGUACAAAGCAUCUUCUCAAUGCCAGAAGCUAGAGUGGGCUACAUGGUUCAACAUCAUCUUAGGGGUUGCUCGCGGCCUUCUGUUUCUCCAUGACAUGGGGAUCAUUCAUCGGGACCUCAAGCCACACAAUAUACUUCUUGACCGUAACUUCAACCCAAAGAUCGCUGAUUUCGAUCUCAUGAGGAUGUAUGAUCAACAGAAAACUCACGAGAGCACUGAGAAGGUCGCUGGAACAUUUGGGUACAUGGCUCCAGAGUGCACGUCCGGACGAAAAUUCCUACUUUCGAUCAAGUCUGACGUGUACAGCUACGGGGUGUUAGUGCUGGAGAUCAUCACCGGCCACAAGAUCUACACUUUCGAAGGCCAAAACUCUGAAGGCCUCGUCGAAUACGUGUGGCAGCACUGGUCCACUGGAUAGAGAAGAGAGCGAGCGACGUCAUGGAUGCUGACUUAGGUGUGGAAGGGCAUGAGCACGCGCCACGGCAAGCGCUGCGGUGCGUGCACGUCGCGCUUCUCUGCGUGCAGUCUGACCGGUCGAGGCGGCCAACCAUGGGGCAGGUCAUCGCCAUGCUUAGCAGUGGCGACGACGGGACAGAUGACCUGCCGGAGCCAUCUCUGCCCGGGUACGUCCUCCGUCCAAUGGCGGCGUCAGGUGUCCAGCUAUGCUUUGGGUGCAGGUAGCGCCGCUUGAUGACGUACGACGGUCCAUGGCCAGUACAAACAUAGGUAAUAAUCUCUGGUCUCUCCAUCAACAAAAUGGAUGUAAUCCUAGCAAGGCUUAAAUUUGAUCAACUAUAAACUUUAGCGGACCCAGUGUUUGAUCAUAGCCUGAGCAAAUUUCAUUGAGCUAAUCAAAUCGUGUAUUUUGGAA